AAUGGCCACAGGUGUCGCUGUUAACAAGCAAUUCUGAAAGUGACAAAUAGUCCCUUUAAAUUAAAAAAAAUAAAUAAAUCAAUAAGUGAUUUCUUCUUCUUCUCCAGCCUCCAUCUUCCAGGUCCGACAACACACAGAGCAGUCUAUGAAUAGUCCAGAUGGUGAAGUGAGUCUGGAAAGGAGGCCAGUAUAAAUGGCUCAAAGGCGUGAAGGUAAGAGCAGACACAGACGAGAUACACUGAGGGAACGAGGUGGAACAACACUCUGAUGACAUCCACACAAAUUUGAGGACAAUGUGGCUUGCCCUUCUUGUGUAUCAACUUGCUACACUCUUUCUCGCCCAAGCUCAACAUGCCUGCUUGGGACACUCCACAUUCAGAAGACCCGUUAACUCAGACAUCGCGGUCCUCUGUGGAUCUCAGACCGUGGACCUCCAGAUCCUCCUGUGUCCCGUCUAUUUUAACGGAUACAACGAGUCACUGCUGUCCCUCAACUCAGAGCACACCAAACAGCAAUGCAAAGGGACUGCUGACUGGACGGCGGACCCGCCUGUUGUCAAAUUCAACUUCUCCAUCACAGAGGAGGGGAUCACCACCUGCUCUAACCAGCUGACCUACUCUGAGGAGGUGGGAACCGGAACGUUUGCAGACUUCUCAAGCGUUCAUUACAUCGGCGUCUCAGGCAUGAUCUGCUCUAGUGACCCCAGCUCAGGAGCCAUCACCUAUCACCAAGAGGUGAUGUACAGGUUCUCCUGCCGCUACCCGCUGCAGUACCUGGUCAACAACACUCAGAUGAGCGUGUCUGGGGUCAACCUGGCAGUCAAAGACAAUAACGGGAGUUUCAUCAGCACACUGAGCAUGCGACUGUACUCGGACACAGAGUACGCCUCCAUAAUGCGGAUCCCUCCAGGAGGCCUGGAGCUAAAGACCAGGAUCUUUGUAGAAGUGAAGGCCUCCAACCUCACUAGCAGAUUCAACGUGUUCCUGGACCGAUGCUACGCCACAAACUCGCCUUUCCCCAUCAACACCACGUUUUACGAUCUCUUUGUUGGGUGUGACAAGGAUGGCCAGACGGUGAUGGGAGUCAACGGAGCGCAGCAGGAAGCCCGCUUCUCUUUUGAGGCUUUCCGCUUUGUCCACAGCACGGAGGAAACGCUGUCCACCUACUACGUGCACUGUGCCACCAGGCUCUGUGUGAACUCCUUCUGCCCUGAGCUCACUCAGAACUGCACCAACUCCAGAAAGCGCCGCAGCACCAACGAUAACCAUGACACCACGGUGAGCGACCAGGCCACCGUCAGCUCGGGCCCCAUCACUAUCCGCGCAGAUAACGGGUAUCUGAUGGCAUCUGGAGGUCUUCAGAAGACUGAUUUGAACGGCAGCCUGCUGGCUGUUUCAGUCGUAGCAGGCAUGGUUGGAGUCAUCUGCCUUUCUCUGGUGGCUUUUAUUGUUUACAAGAAGCACUACUCCAAUACCAGUUCCACUAAGACCAUCCUGUACUCACAGGAGUGACGGUGGACUUUGUCCUGUUUCAUUCAUUCAUACAGUAUGGUUUCCAAUACCAUGUGAGCAUCGUGAUAAAUGAGAGAAAUCUCUGACUUUUUCUUGAUAAUUGUUGGUAUUAUCCAACACUAUACAGGUCCCCUGAAAUAAGCAUUAUUAUAAUUAUAAUAUAAUAAUAAUAUUAUUCAUGGCAGUAAGAUAGAAACCUUAAAUAAAUAAAUAGAUUAAUUAAUUAAUUAAUUAAAUGUAGGAAAAAAACUAUUCAUAUAAUAUUAUACAUAUAAUAAUAUACAUUCAGGGUUUUUUAAUACUUAAAUAUAUAUAUAUGUAUUAAAGGUUCAGAAAGUUUUUUCUGUUUCUAAUAAAGGUGUUUGACAAAUUGUAUAUGGUUAUUUAUUGUGAAUUUUUAGGGUGUUUCUUACAAUCCUUUCAGAAGAUGUCGAAAAACUGAUGUAUAAGGUAUUUUUAAUAAAGAAUAUAAUUUUGUCUGUAUGUUUUUUAUGCUUUAUAACUGGGCUACUUGCAGCUGUAUUUCACAUUCUGAUCAUUUGGGAAAGAGUUUCUUUAAUUCCUUCAAUGCAGAGAAUCUGUCGUAUACAAAGAGCGUGAGUCCUCUGUGAAGUCCUGAACUGGAAGUGGUAUCCAGUGACAUAAAAGUUACUACGAGUAUGCAUAUACGUUUGGCUGAAUGUCACCAGAUAACACGUUA